CUCCCCUAUUCCCAGAGGCAUUGGAUACAGUUCUGAGGACGCGUAGCCUACUGACUCGGGGAAUUAGCUUCAACCGCCACCAUGCCUGCUAAACCGGCCCCAAUCAAGAAACCCCCGAAAAAAGAGCCGGCCCCGAAGAAGGAACCAGCCCCUGAACCUGCUCCUGAAGCAUUACCCGUAGAGGCUGCCCCCGUAGAGGCUGCCCCCGUAGAGGCUGCCCCCGUGGAGGCUGCCCCCGUUGAGGCUGCCCCCGCCGAGGGAGGCGAAGCAGCUCCAGCCACGGAGGGUGCCUCGGUGGCUGCACCAGCCGUUGGAGAGGCCGCCCCGCCAGCCGAGGAGCCCAAACCCCCUACCCCACCACCAGAGGCUGCUGAUGCCCCCGCAGAGGAAGCCGCCGCUGCCGCCCCUGCUGACGUAGCUGACGCUGCCGCUGCCGCCGCGGAGGGUCCUGCUUCUGAUGCGCCUGCAGACGCGCCCGCUGAAACCGACGCCGCCGCUGCUGUUCCUGCCGCCGAGGACGCUGCCGUACCUGCCGCUGAAGCAGAGCAACCUUCCGAUGCUGCUGCUGCCCCCGCAGAGGAAGCCGCCGCUGCCGCCCCUGCUGACGCCGCUGUGCCAGAGGAACCUAAAGCUCCUUCCCCACCUCCACCCCCGCCGAAAGAGCCCACCAGCGUGCCCCUGGAGCUGGCCGUGGAGGACGUCAGUGACACCUCUGUCACCAUCACCUGGAGGCCCCCGGAGACCAUCGGCAACUCUGGUCUAGACGGAUACACCGUGGAGAUCUGCAAGGAGGGAACCGAGGAUUGGAAGGCCGCAAACGAGGAUCUGACCAUUUCCUGUCGCUACGUCAUCAAGAACCAGACAACAGGCGACCGUCUGAAGAUCAGGGUGGUGGCCAUGAACCCUGCGGGCCGUAGCCCCCCCGCCAGCCACCCCGAGCCCGUCCUCGUCAAGGAGGUUGGAGAACGUCCUCAUAUUCGUCUGCCUCGCUUCCUGAGGCAGCGAUAUGUCGCCAGCGUCGGAGACAAGGUCAACCUCACCAUUCCCUUCAGCGGAAAACCCAAACCACUGGUCACCUGGACGAAGGACGGCCAGCCUCUGGACACCAAGAAGGUGAACGUCCGCAGCACAGAGAGAGACAGCAUCCUGUUCAUCCGCACGGCGGAGAGGGAUGACUCGGGUCACUACGAGAUGUCGGUGAAGGUGGAGAGCUUCGAGGAUAAAGCCACCCUCAUCCUGCAGAUUGUCGAGCUUCCAGGGCCCCCCGCCAGUGUGAAGGUCUUGGACACCUGGGGCUUCAACGUGGCUCUGGAGUGGACGGCCCCCAAGGACAAGGGGAACACAGAGAUCACUGGCUACACCAUCCAGAAGGCAGACAAGAAGACUGGGGACUGGUUCACAGUGUUGGAACACUAUCACCGCAUGAACGCCACCAUCUCUGACCUGAUCAUGGGCAACACCUACUCCUUCAGGGUGUUCUCUGAGAACAAGUGUGGCAUCAGCGAGGACGCUACCAUGGCCAAGGAAACGGCUUCUAUCCUGAAGACGGCUAUCGACUACAAGCCUCCUGAGUUCAAGUCGCAUGACUUCAACGAGGCUCCCAAGUUCACCACCCCUCCGUCGGACAGAGCCACCACUGUGGGCUACAGCACCAGGCUGCUGGCGUCUGUCAGGGGGUACCCCAAGCCUAAGAUCGAGUGGAUUAGGAACCAGAUGGUCAUUGGAGAAGACCCCAAAUACAGGCAGAUGUUCACCGAGGGAAUCUGCUCUCUGGAGAUUCGCAAACCAGGAAACUGGGACGGCGGUGUGUACACCUGCAGAGCCAAGAACCCCCUGGGAGAGGCCAUCGCCACCUGCAAGCUGGAGGUCAAACAGCCUGCGGUUCCAGAAUCUGAGAAGUAAAAAGCUAACAGGCACAUGAUUACAGUCCCAAAUUAGGAGAGAAUGGAAUUAGGCUCCUUACAACAAAAGGACGGUGCAUUAUUCUGGGAGGAACGUGUACGUAAGCCUGGAAACACCACCGCAGAACCACCCACUUCAUCUCUCGUUAUGGAGAUUAAACGUUUGUCAUCUUUAUCAGCACGUUUACAUGCCUCGUAGUCAAAUCCGAUCACUGAUAUAUCCAAGCUCAGACCCCCGAUUCAGCAGACAAUCAGGUUCACUGUCUGAUGAUAUUAAUAUUUGUCCUUGGUUUAUCCUAUUGUAACUCUGCAUCAAUAAUUCUAUAGCCUGGAUUAGCUUAAUUAGCUGUUCUUUAGCUGCGAGUUAGCUGUUCUAUACUUGAGAACUAUGUGCAACCUUUGACUGUUUGUUACAAUAAAAUAUUUUGAUUUA